AUGGACACGGACGAGUUCUUCAACCCAGGCUGCGGCGGGCCGGCCGGCGACGGCUGCGACUGCGGGGACUGCGAGGAGUGGAGGCACGACCACGGCCGCACCAAGCACUUCCUCCUCUUCGCCUCCGACCACAAAGAUUUUCUGUGCACACCGUGGGAGGUCACAAGGCAGCUGAGAAAUAUGAUCACCGACUCCGAGCCUAUCAAACUUGAAGCUCCUGAUGGCCAGAUGUACAGUGUUGAGUUCGUCAAGUUCGGCCUGAUAACUCUUACGACUGGGUGGCGGCGCUUUGUGGAUGCUAAUCACAUACAACAAGGUGACCCCAUCUUGUUCGUUUACUGUGGGAGCUCCACGUUCAAGGUCCACAUAUGCACUUCAUCCGGUCACAAGAAUUCUCUGCCCUGUUCUCAACAGCCUCCCAACAUCCUUAGAGCUGUUCUGCUUCGUGAUCGUCAUGUGCUGAAUGGUAAAGUGAAUAGGACCUUCAAGUCGGGUGCUUUUGGUAAUGCUUUUCUGAUCAAUAUAACAGUGUUCUUUCUUGAUGUGCUGAAUGAACAAGUGGUGCCUGAUCCUGCACAUGUUCAGACAUCAACCGACUUUGGCUAUACCAUGUUCCCCGGGACCUGCCUAAGCAAAGCGCAAGAGAAGAAAGUGCUAGAGCUAGCUGAUAGCAGCAUGAGGUCUGAAAUUCCUCUGCAUGUGGCACCUAUGAACAAAAGAAAUGCCAGCAAGGACUACUAUGUUUGCAUACCGUUGAGGCUUUUGGACAAUUUCAAAGAGGGGAUAACUGAAACUGUCAUUCAGCUCGAAGCCCAUGGCAACAACAUGGUAUACAGUGUUGGCGUAAGCAAGCACAGUGAUGAUCAAAUAAUCCUCCAGUCUGAGUUGAGUGAUUUCGUAGCUUCUCUCCGCAUACAAGACAACGACCUCCUCGUCUUCAGAAGCAAGAGGAAAGCCCGCCUUGAAGUUCUUGUCCUUGAUCCGAGCGGUUGUGAGAAAACUUGUUUUGCCAUGGGAAACUCCUCAAAUGCCCAGGAGAUGGCUUUGACAUCCUCCCCUUGUAUUAAGUCAGGAUGCCCCGCUGGCAAGUUGAAUGAAGCCGGUUUAGAAGCUCCUAUGUCCAACAAGUCCUACAUAUUACCCGAACGGAAGAACCUAACUUGGCAACAAGAGAAGGAAGUAAAGGAGAAAGUCCAUGCAAUAGGAUCUGAAUUCCCUGUAUUUGUGAAGGUGAUGACGGCACGUGAUUUAUCGAACCCAACAAAGCUGUUGUUCUGCAAGGAAUAUGCUUUGGCAUGUCUCCCGCUCAAACAAACACCUCUCCUAAUUGGGCUGGAAGGUAGCACGAUGCAGUGGCCUACAACGCUGACCGUCACGGAGUAUACGAAAGGGAGGAUGAUUUCCUUACUCUGGAAGGACUUUGUCUUGGACGUCGGGAUGAAGGCAGGGGACAUCUGCCUCGUCGAACUGGCAGACAGGAGCAGCGAUAGCCUCAAGAUGAUGGUCCAUCUAAUCCGCAAGUCGGAAAUGCAGCUCUAG